CGAUGGUUGUAACUUGUAAAUUACUAGCAGGUUCUGACUUCUGAAGCACCGAGAAGAAACCUAGAGGCAAGAACAAACAAGAAGCGAAUCACAGCGCCGAUAAUGGAAGAAGCACCCAAGACAUUAGCUCACCAAAUCGGAGGGAUCCAGAACGAUGCACUUCGCUUCGGCCUCCACGGCGUUAAGAGCGACCUCGUUGGAUCUCACCCUCUCGAAGCUGCCCACCGAUCUAUAAUUAAGAAUCAAGAAGACAUGAAGAGGAAAGUCCUUGCAAACACUUAUGGAUCUGCCUUUCCUUUGAAGAUGGACCUGGAUAGGCAAAUUCUUUCUCGAUUUCAGAGACCUCCUGGACCUAUUCCUUCUUCAAUGGUUGGUUUGGAAGCCAUGACAGGAAGCUUGGAUGACUUUGGUUUUGAAGAUUAUCUGAAUGAUCCUCGUGAAUCCGAAGUUUAUCGCCCUCAGGACAUGCAUCACGGAAUGGAGGUUCGCCUAGGGAUCUCUAGAGGACCAGUUUGCCCAAGUUUCGUUUAGUUUCAAGCGUGUUUUUACCAUGUUAGCAGUACUGGGAAUGGAACAUGCAAUUGUGGAACAAAUGUAAUACACCUUAUUGUUGGGAUCCGAAUGUUUUAUAGACCUGGAGAUGUCCAACACCCGGAUCCCUCUGUCCUUUGCUAGUAUUCGUCUGACUAUACCAUCAUCGUCAAGUUCUUAUAUCUGUUAGUUAAUAUGGCAUGUCUAGUAAUGUGCUCUUAGUUUGAACAUGCAUUUAAAAUUCAAUGUUGUAUUAAGCAUAUUCCUCUUCUCAAAUCUUGAUAUCCAAACAUAUUGUCUAUGCUCAAUCAAUAUGCAGGGG